AGGCAGUGAUUUGAAUAGUCAACUCAUUCGAGAGUUCCACGCGUGAGCUGUUGUUCAAGUUAGUUCUCAAGCGCUCGCAAAUCGCGCGCUGCUUCGCGUAGAGUCCUCAAUCAGUGGUUAGGCGCCCGAACGCGCUGGAGUGUAACGCGUGUUGGGUUUAUUUGCUUUCUGAAUGGAUAAGUUUACUGGCCAAUGUCGCGAACAGUAAGAAUCCCGACUACUACCGGAAACAUUCCUCCAUUUCCUGCGCGUGCUGGCAGUGCAUUCUCAACACGGAACUUUUGUUUGAUUUCACUGGACAUUGGGAAACAAUUUAUCUUGCUCGUUUUAAAUUAGCUGGCUGUAUCACUGCUAACGUUAGUGUAGGUCGCCUGUAGCUCUCCCGUUCGCUGUGGCCCUAUGAUGGCGUUCGGAAUUCACUCGCUGGAUCGAGGUGAACGUGAAGACGCCUGAUUCCGGCGAAAUUAAUCCACAGCGUUUUGCAUGAGGUCUUUUUGAAUGGCGAUCAAUGUUUGAUGGCGGUAGAGACAGCCAUAACUAUACACGAGAACCCUUUGGAAAAGACUAUUGUUUGGGAGAAAAGGAGUGUGGAAUACGACUCAAAACAUCGGAUACGACCACACAACACUGUUGGAAAGGUUGAGACGAUCGUGAGUAAAGAUGAAUAUCACUCUGACUAUUGUGUUAUCGCGGCGGCUACGAAGCGAGAGACGAGCACUACACCUCGUCAGCCGAUCUUAGUUGCGGAUCGUGACAUGCGGUUAAGUUUAUCGACUCCCACCACCAACCGAACGUUCAAUGCAUUUGUUAGGAGGCAUACGGGAGGAACUAUACGAAAUACACAGACACAGGUUGUAACUUCACAGCCGAGACCCACAUUACAGGCAGCAUCGGCGCAAAUAUCACGAUCGACUCGUCGCAGUAGUAAUGUACUCCAAAGCAAACAAUAUGAAGAUGACGAUGUCAAAAUUUUUUGCUGUAAGCGGGACGUGGACGUGUUAAUAGACUAUGCAAGUUGUAUGUGCGGGGUCAAAGCGGUGUUAUAUCAUUGUUCGAAGGAUUCGUUCGAUGAAGGCAGUUUGGCAGAGCACCCGUGCUCGUGUGGUCCCCCAAGGAAAUCUUGCUUUGGAAGAUGGGGGUGCUUAGCGGCUUGUUCUUUAUUUCUGCCGUGCCUUCUUUGCUAUUUACCGUUGAAAGGAUGUUCCGAGAUGUGUGUUUGCUAUAAAAGACAGAGAAAAGACAUUAUGAAUCGGCAGAGAAGACCCAAGGAUCCUGUCUGAGUGCACUGGAUUAGUGCAGAUCAAGAAUAAUUUAUAAUUUAGCUAAGCGGGUUCGUAUCGAUCCCUCAAAUUGAAAUUUGUCUAUCAAAUUCAUAUGCCUUAUUUAUACCUUCCUUGUAAAUAUCAAAUUUGUUCAAAGGAGGCCCUCUGUUAAUAAUUAUGUUAUAGUGGUCGGCGCGUAAUUGUGCGAAGCUCUCGAGGGAAAAUUAACGCCAUUUAGCUUCUUUUGUGAUAGGCAUCGGCUAAGAAGCCAAACUGAUGUUUUCACGUGAGGACAACGUUUUCCUGUUGCUCUCUUUGGGGCCUAUCUGUGGAAUCUUCCCUAAUGAGAAAGACAUAGACACUAAUUUUACACCUGAAAACUAUGUACAUGAAUUUUGUUUGAGUUAAAAAAAUUAAAAAUUCUUGUACAGUUAGUA